ACCACUUCCGGGUGAACGUAGUGUUAUGGUUAGCUCGUGGCUAACGUACUCUCAACAUCUGCAAGUUGUUACAGUUCCGCUUAUGUUCUUUGUUUAACACACUUUUAAGACAAAUGUCUGCGCCCUCCGCACCGGGUACGUUGAAUAUCAGGGAUUUAAAUUCACCGACCGUCUCAACAAGUAAAGCUCCAACUUCAGCGGCGUUAAUCGCACAGGCCCGUGUCAAGAAACGAGCAGUUAGCCCCGCGACACCCACAGCCUCCCAACUAAAUAACAACAGCAAAAAAAGAAAAACACAGCCAUCUGCGUCAACGACACAAGCUCAGGUCGUUCCUGUGGAGGAAACUACCGAAGGCAGCAAAUCAGUAGUUGAUACCGAAUCUACUAUUAAGGCUCUUCCUUUUAAAAACCCCAAUUUCGUGCACUCGGCUAUUGGUGGCGCAGCAGCAGGAAAGAAGAAUCGAACUUGGAAGAAUCUGAAGCAGAUUCUGGCAGCAGAGAAAGCUCUUCCCUGGAAAGCUACUGAUCCUAACUACUGUACCAUAGAUGCACCUCCUUCUAUGAAACCAUCUAAAAAGUACUCAGACAUAUCUGGUCUGCCGGCAAACUACACUGACCCUCAGACCAAACUGUGCUUUGCAUCGACAGAGGAGUUUUCCUACAUCCGGCAAUUACCCACAGACGUAGUAACCGGAUACCUGGCUCUCCGCAAAGCAACCUGCAUUGUGCCUUGAGACAGAAUGUCUUCCACACACACUGACUCUUGGAUACUACAGGAUAUGAAGGAUCCACAGACUCAGAUCAGACGCUAAUCCAAUUGAUCAGAGUGUGAUCUUCUAAAUAUUUGUGCUUAUCUUGUGGGUUGAAACUGAUUGUUGUCCUUAAUAUAAGAAGGAUUAUCCCUCUUUCUAAGUUCUGGACUUUCAUUUGACUCCUACUUUUCUUUCAAUUAUGUUUUAAUACACAAAAAUAUGGACUGAAUUCACCUUUUUACUAUACUGUAAACAUUAACUCCAAACCAAAUCCUUUCUAAGAAUACAGUAUGUCUAAAAAUAAAAAGAUGGUUUAAAAGA